UCAAAAACUAAAAACUCAUGCGGCUCACAACACAUAACGUAACGACGUAUUUUUCAGAACAGAAUUUCUAGUUUCACAAGUUUUCAACGUUUUUUACCGGUAUUUGUUCGCUUUUCUUUGCAAAAAUGUUCCAUUUGCGUAUUAUCAGUAGAAUACCGUGCAGAAACAUUCGUAAUAUCUCAACCACAGUCAACAUACGGAACGCAGAAGCAGCAGUUGCUUCCGCUGCGGAAAACCUCACUAUUCCAGUUCCGUCAGGGGUAGAAAAGCCGGCUAAUCCUAAACUAGUAUCCAUAGUGGACAGCAUUGCCACUCUCAAUCUGUUGGAGGUGUCAGAGUUGAGUGGUCUGCUGAAAAAGAAGCUUAAUCUUCCCGAUGCCGCGAUGAUGCCGGCAGGAUUUGGUGCUGGCUUUGCGGCGGCACCUGCAGCGCCAGUCGACGAGGAAGAGGCUGCCCCCAAGGUGGUCAAAACGAUGUUUAAGGUAAAGCUGGUUAAAUUCGAUGAUAAGCAGAAGGUAGCGCUCAUCAAGGAAGUUAAGAACCUGCUGGAAGGCAUGAAUCUGGUGCAGGCCAAGAAGUUCGUCGAAAGUGCCCCCACGAUGGUGAAGGAAGACAUUUCGAAAGAAGAAGCGGAAAAGCUCAAAGAAGCAUUCACCAAAGUGGGUGCCGUUAUUGAGAUUGAGUAGAUUAGUUGUAUAGCGUAAGGAUUGUGUAGUUCAAUAAAUUUGAAAUUCUAAA